UCAUUCCUUUAUCCUGGUUCCUCUCCCUUUCUCUCCAUUACUGGAAAACCCCUUCCACACAAAACCCAGUUCUCUCUAUUAUCCUAAAAUCUCACAUCAGAGCAUACAAAUUGCAUCACAGAACACUUAAACUUAUCUAGUAAAACAAAAAAUUGGAUUUGAUGAUGAUAAUGAUGUUAUUAAGGUGAAAAGAUUGGAUUUUGUUUUGGUUAUCGAAGAAAUGGGAACGGGUUCGGAUUCAAAUGGAUGGAGCCGAGCCCGUGGUGUAUUUCUGAAAACACUGGUUUUAGUUGGUGGUGCUCUUCUUCUUAAGCGUUUAACUAAAUCAACAACUCGUUGGGAUCAUGCUCGUAUUGUUGCUGAUUCUCUUUGUGGUGAAAAGUUUUCUCAAGAACAAGCUUCUAAAGAUCCCGACAACUUUUUCAAUUUGAGAAUGCUAACAUGCCCAGCAGCAGAAAUGGUGGAUGGUUCUAAUGUUAUAUAUGUUGAACAAGCAUUUUGGAGAACUCCUCAGAAGCCAUUUCGUCAGAGAUUUUAUAUGGUGAAGCCUUGUACGAAAGAAAUGAAAUGUGAUGUUGAGGUGAGCUCUUAUGCCAUUAGAGAUGCAGAGGAAUACAAGAACUUUUGUGAUCGUCCAAAAGACCAGCGUCCACUACCUGAAGAAGUUAUUGGGGACAUUGCUGAACACUUAACGACUAUCUACCUUAAGCGAUGUGAACGAGGGAAACGUUGCUUAUAUGAGGGAUCAACCCCAGAAGGCGGUUUCCCUAAUUCAUGGAGUGGUGCAUCGUACUGCAAAUCAGAACUUGCUAUCCAUAAGAACAAUGAGGUACAUACUUGGGAUAGGGGCUAUGACGACGACGGUAAUCAAGUCUGGGGAGUCAAGAAAGGCCCGUAUGAGUUCAAACCUGCACCAACCUUGAGUUUCACAGACAAAUUUUCUCUUCUAAACUUUUCUCCUCCCGUCUCAUUGGAAAAAAGAAUAGAAGGUUCAUUUGUUUUACAGGAAUGAUCUUUUGUACCUAUUACAUGGACAGUGUAUAAUUUAGUUAUGUAGUUAGUGAAGCAUUUAUUUCUUAUUUACGGUAGUAAGUUAUUGGAGUGUUUCUCCUGUCUUAUAAAGUUCCAACUUUUUCCU